AUGUCUGAAGUCAAGAGAAUGACCCUGUACGCCGCCCACGACACGCCGUUCCCGCACCGGGUCAGGCUCGCCCUCGCCGAGGCUAACGUCGAGUACGACACCAUCUGGAUCGACCUCAUUGACAAGCCAAAAUGGUACGAGAAGAAGGUUUACCCCACCGCCCGUGUUCCGAUGCUCGUGUACGGCGGCGGCCCCCUCGGUCCCGACGAGGCCCCUGCGGCGGACGCGGUCAAGAUCGGCGAGUCGCUCGCCAUCAACGAGUUCCUCGCCGACCUCCUCCCGGACGCACACCUGCUCCCGGCGGACCCCGUCGCGCGCGCGCACGCCCGGCUCUUCGCCCGCGCGGUGGACGAGCAGUUCCUGCCCGCGUUCUUCAAGUUCCUCUUCCUCGGCGCCCCCGUCGAGCCGCUCCUGGACGCGUUCGAGGGCAUGCAGGCGCUCCUCGGGGGAGCGUAUGCGGUGGGCGAUGCGUGGAGCAUCGCCGACGCGGCGUUCGUGCCGCUCCUCGCGCGUCUCGAUAAUGCAUGCCGCGGGGCGAAACCGAUGGGCGAGGAGAAUGCGAAGGCGAUCAUCGAGGCGCUGGAGUCGGAGCGGUUCAAGAAGCUGAAGGGGUACAAGGAGCGCAACUACGCGCGGCCGAGCUUCGUACAGACGUGGGACGAGGUUGCGGUACACGAAAACUUCAUGAGGCGCCUCGACCGCUUCCGGAAGACUGGCAAGAUCAACAUGGACCUUACCAUCCCUCUGCCUCCUAAGCAGAACUGA